GAGGAUUCGAACUACCCAUCUAUUGAUGGAAAGAAAAGCGCGACACAUACAAAAAUCAUGCCUUUGCCAUAAUAAAACAUUCCACAACAAAUAUUUUGCACACAAAAAUACAUUUCCAACUUUUCAAAAUGAAAAAAAUCAACACUACUCACAUUCUCCUCAUCACACUCCUCUCCAUCGCCAUCCCUCCCCUCGCCCUCGCCGGCACGUGCCGCGACACGUGCGGCGCGAUCCCCAUCAAAUACCCCUUCGGGUCGGGCAGCGGCUGCGGGCACCCGUACUUCUCCCGCUACGUGAAGUGCGCCCCCGGCGGUGCCCUCCAUCUCUCCACCGCCGCCGCCGGGGGCGCCGCCUACGCCGUCAUCUCCUCCAUCGACUACGCCGCGGGCGCCCUCGUCGCCGCGGACCCGCUCAUGUCGACGUGCGCCGCCAUGCAGGACUCGGGCGGCUUCGCGCUGGACCGGGGCAGCCCGUUCUCCGUGGCGGCGGACAACAUCUUCGCCUUGCUCGGCUGCUCCGCCACGUCGCCCGUGUUCGACCCGGACGCCGACUUCUGCGACACGGGCUCGGGCCGGAACGUGUGCCGCGGGCUGUACACGUGCGAAGGGGUGGCGGGCAUCGGGUUGGAGCCGCACGCGCCGGUAUCCACGUGCUGUGUGUACGAGCCGCCGGUUUCGGACGGGUCGGGUUCGGGUUUGGGUUUGGAUCUUCCGAAGCUGCAGUGCUCGUCUUACUCGUCGGUUUACGGGUUCGGAGGCAACGAGGGCGACCCGAUGAGGUGGCAGUAUGGGAUACUGCUCCGGUUUAAUGAUUCUUAUUAUAGUAGUGAUUGUCGGAAUUGUGAGGAGAGUGGCGGCUUUUGUGGGUUUCAGGGUUUGGAGGAGUCGUUUUCUUGCAAGUGUCGGAACGGCGUCAACACCACCGUUAAUUGCUACGGGAGAGGAAAUGGUCGGAGCGGCGGGGCGGGGAGAGAUGGAAUUCAAACGGCGUUGAAUAUUGGAGGGUUCUUGCUCCUGUGGAUGAUUUCUUUCUUCUGAAUCCAAAUUUUGUGAUCUGUCCAUGUAUUCUGUAAUCUGCCAAUGUCAGAAAUUAUUGUAAGGAAAUGUUGAGAAGAAAAAUCAGCUUUGUUUUCACAUUCACAAUUUGAUAUGCAGUGGAAAUUCAUUCGCUGUCUUCCAAUUCCA